AGAGAGAGAGAGAGAGAGAGAGAGAGGAACCAACAGAGAAAGAGAGAGAGUUCCUUGUCUCUUCAGACUCCUGCUUGGUGAAAGUAUAGACUGUGUGUUGAAGUAUAAAGGCUACCAUGAUGACAUUGCUGCAAAAUGGGGAGAUUGUUGCGCACGAUGGCCGAUAUGACCUGCCGUUUUUAUUCUGCAUGUUUGGGAGACAUGGCCCCGCCGUGGCCCUUCUCAUAGCCCUGCUUCUGUUCAUGAUGGGAUUAUUCAGCGUUUCCCAGAAGGUGCUGGCCCUCAUCAGAUACUUAAGGAGAAAAGCGCAUCGUAAACAGGUGAAAAAGGAUCCAGUCGUGGAGAAAACAGAAUUACCCAAGAGUGACACGCAGGUCCCACGGGUGUUUUACCCUGUUUGGGACACUGGGCCGGAGAAGAGGGCUGGUUAUAUUCCUAAAAGCAGCAUUGAAGUCUUCAGCCAAAAAACACACAAUGAAGAUGCUAGGGACCACAGCACUGUGGCCUCACUUGGUUUGGUCGAGUGCCAGACUGAUUCCUUGCACGUUCAUAGUGCUGUCGCAUCUGCCAGGGAAAUAUAUACACUCCAUCAACAACCACAGGUCAAUGAGAUUCACAUCACAGACAAUAGUAGCUUGGACAGGGAUCCAAAUGAGGGACCAACUGUGGAACUUACAACGGGACUGUUUGUGGGGAACGUGGAAGAAGUGUGUUUGGACAAUGGUGAGGCCAUGAGGCCACAGAUGGGGGAAGGUUGUGAAAAGAGGGAGAUAUAUAGGGGGUUGGCUAUGGAAAACUUUGAGCAUAACAAAUUUCUUCAAUGGACAGACCUUUCUGUUCUGUCAUGUUUUCAGAAUCAAAGUCCCCCUGAGCAGAACCCAUCUCAAGAACAUGAUCAAGACUGUUUAAUCACAUCAGAUAUAACCAGUCCAUCUCGGGACGUACCAGAGGGUCCUGAAGAUUAUCUCUGCAGAAACCAGAACAUUGUAUCUGCAGAUGUUGUCGUAUGCAAAACAGAUUCCUCUGAUGUUUAUAGUACUGUAGCUUCUGCCAUGGAUACAGAUACAUUCCAUCAACCACCCAAGAUAAAUGAGGAGAUUCACAUCACAGACAAUACUAAGUUUGAUGAGGAACCAGAUGAGGAAUCAACGGUGGAACGUACAACUGGAUUGCCUGAGGGGGAUGUGGGAAAACAACGUUUUGGCAAUGUUGAGAUCCAAGCUGAAGAAAUGGGAGACGGUGAGAAGAAGAUGGAGCUGGAUAUGGCGACCAUGGAAAACCUUUCUGGGCCAGUGUGUGUCGAGAGCCAAAGUCUCCCUGUGACGCUGGCCCCUACAGAACCUGAUAACAAAUGUUUCAUCACUAAAGAGGCAGCAAAUCCAGACACCAACACCCUUCCCCACCAACACCAUACUGCUGAGGUAACAGUUAUAAAAACGAAUGAAGAUGAUUCCAUCAAUGUCCACAACACUGUAGAGCCUGCUGAUGCCGUUGAGAAUAAAACAGAUUCCUCUGAUGUCAGUAGUACUCUGGCAGUUGCCAUGGAUACAGAUUCAACUCCCUUGUUCAGUGGUGAUCUACCACAGACUGUCGGCCAAAGAGAAGAAGUUGUGUCUGCAUCUGACAACAGCGGGCCAGGCCUGGGUUUAGAAGACAGCUGGGACCCAUCCAUAAGCAGCAUUGGAGAGGGGACUGCUACUCAAAGCCUGCCUGGAAGCCCUGUGCCCCCUGGUCUAUCUCAGGAGGAUUCUGGUCCUGCAGAAUCCAAUGUGAUUCCUGGUUCUGAUUCGGUCCACCAACUUUUAAACACAACAGAAACUCAGAACCAGCUCGGUGACAUUUCUGAAGCUAUCAGAUAUGGAACUGGGAUUUACACAAGUGAUAUUGCACCAGUUAAAAAGCAACCCUCAAUCAGAGACGAGAUUCACAUCACUGACAAUAUUAACGUUGAUUCAGAACCACAUGAGGAUCCAACUGUGGAACUUCAAACUGGAUUGGCUGUGGGGAAUGUGGAACGCGUGUGUUUGGACGACGUUGAGACCAAGGCUGAGGAGAUGGGGGAUGGUUUUAAGAAGAGGGAGAUAGAUAGGGGGGUGACUAUGGAAAACAUUGAGCAUAACCAAGGUUCCCCUGAGCAGCACCUAUCUAAAGAACAUUAUCAAGACAGUUCCAUUGAUUCAGACACAGCCAGUCCUUCUGAGGAUGUACCAGAGGUUCUUGAAAAUGAUGCCAUUAUGGACCAGAAUACUGUAGAGUCUGCUGAUGUUGUCGUAUGCAAAACAGAUUCCUCUGAUGGUAAUAGUACUGUAGCUUCUGCAGUUGAUACGGACACACUCCAGCAACAACCCAAGAUAAAUGAGGAGAUUCCCAUUGCAGAAACGACCAUGUUUGAUGAGGAGCCAACCGUGGAACGUAGAACUGGAUUGUCUGAGGGGCAUGUGGAAGAACUGUGUUUGGACAACGUUGAGACCCAAGCUGAGGAGAUGCCAAAGUGUGGGAUGAAGAUGGAGCUGGAUACGGCAGAGACCAUUGAAAAUCUUUCUGGGCCGGUAUGUAUCGAGAGCCAAAGUCCUCCUGAGACACUGGCCCCUACAGAACCUUAUGAAGAAUGUUUCAUCACUAAAGAUGAAGAACAUCCAGACACCAACACUCAUACUGCUGAGGUAACAAAUAAAACACAUAAUGAAGAUGAUUCCAUCAAUGUCCACAACACUGUAGAAUCUGCUGAUGUCGUUGAGUAUAAAACCGAUUCGUCUGAUGUCGGUAGUACUCUAGCAGUUGCCAUGGAUACAGAUUCACCUCCCUUGUUCAGUGGUGAUCUACCACGGACUGUCGGCCAAAGAGAAGAAGUUGUGUCUGCAUCUGACAACAGCGGGCCAGGCCUGGGUUUAGAAGACAGCAGGGACCCAUCCAUAAGCAGCAUUGGAGAGGGGUCUGCAACUCAAAGCCUGCCUGGAUGCCCUGUGCCCCCUGGUCGAUCUCAGGAGGAUUCUGGUCCUGCAGAAUCCAACGCGAUUCCUGGUUCUGAUUCGGUCCACCAACUUUUAAACACAACCGAAACUCAGAACCAGCUCGGUGACAUUUCUAAGGCUAUCGGAUAUCGAACUGGGAUUUACGCAAGUGAUAUUGCACCAGUUAAACAGCAACCCUCAAUCAGAGAUGAGAUUCAAAUCACUGAUAAUAUUAAUGUUGAUUCAGAACCACAUAAGGAUCCAACUGUGGAACUUCAAACUGGAUUGGCUGUGGGGAAUGUGGAAGACCUGUGUUUGGACGACGUUGAGACCAAGGCUGAGGAGAUGGCGGAAGGUUUUACGAAGAGGGAGAUAGAUAGGGGGGUGACUAUGGAAAACAUUGAGCAUAACCAAGGUUCCCCUGAGCAGCACCUAUCUAAAGAACAUUAUCGAGACAGUUCCAUUGAUUCAGACAUAGCCAGUCCUUCUGAAGACGUACCAGAGGUCCUUGAAAACGAUGCCAUUAUGGACCAGAAUACUGUAGAGUCUGCUGAUGUUGUCGUAUGCAAAACUGAUUCCUCUGAUGGUAAUAUUACUCUAGCUUCUGCAGUUGAUACGGACACACUCCAGCAACAACCCAAGAUAAAUGAGGAGAUUCCCAUUACAGAAAUGACUAUGUUUGAUGAGGAGCCAACCGUGGAACGUAGAACUGGAUUGCCUGAGGGGCAUGUGGAAGAACUGUGUUUGGACAACGUUGAGACCCAAGCUGAGGAGAUGCGAAAGUGUGGGAUGAAAAUGGAGCUGGAUACGGCAGAGACCAUUGAAAAUCUUUCUGGGCCGGUAUGUAUCGAGAGCCAAAGUCCUCCUGAGACGCUGGCCCCUACAGAACCUUAUGACGAAUGUUUCAUCACUAAAGAUGAAGAACAUCCAGACACCAACACUCAUACUGCUGAGGUAACAAAUAAAACACAUAAUGAAGAUGAUUACAUCAAUGUCCACAACACUAUAGAGUCUGCUGAUGUCGUUGAGUAUAAAACCGAUUCGUCUGAUGUCGGUAGUACUCUAGCAGUUGCCAUGGAUACAGAUACACCUCCCUUGCUCAGUGGUCAUUUACCACAGACUGUCGACCAGGUUGUGUCUGCAUCUGACAACAGCGGGCCAGGCCGGGGUUUUGAAGACAGCUGGGACCCAUCCAUGAGCAGCAUUGGAGAGGGGUCUGCUACUCAAAGCCUGCCUGGAAGCCCUGUGCCCCCUGGUCGAUCUCAGGAGGAUUCUGGUCCUGCAGAAUCCAAUGUGAUUCCUGGUUCUGAUUCGGUCCACCAACUUUCAAAAACAACAGAAACUCAGAACCAGCUCGGUGACAUUUCUGAAGCUAUCAGAUAUGGAACUGGGAUUUACGCAAGUGAUAUUGCACCAGUUAAACAGCAACCCUCAAUCAAAGACGAAAUUCACAUCACUGACAAUAUUAACGUUGAUUCAGAACCACAUGAGGAUCCAACUGUGGAACUUCAAACUGGAUUGGCUGUGGGGAAUGUGGAAGACCUGUGUUUGGACGACGUUGAGACCAAGGCUGAGGAGAUGGGGGAAGGUUUUAAGAAGAGGGAGAUAGAUAGGGGGGUGACUAUGGAAAACAUUGAGCAUAACCAAGGUUCCCCUGAGCAGCACUUAUCUAAAGAACAUUAUCAAGACAGUUCCAUUGAUUCAGACAUAGCCAGUCCUUCUGAGGAUGUACCAGAGGUUCUUGAAAACGAUGCCAUUAUGGACCAGAAUACUGUAGAGUCUGCUGAUGUUGUCGUAUGCAAAACUGAUUCCUCUGAUGGUAAUAUUACUCUAGCUUCUGCAGUUGAUACGGACACACUCCAGCAACAACCCAAGAUAAAUGAGGAGAUUCCCAUUACAGAAAUGACUAUGUUUGAUGAGGAGCCAACCGUGGAACGUAGAACUGGAUUGCCUGAGGGGCAUGUGGAAGAACUGUGUUUGGACAACGUUGAGACCCAAGCUGAGGAGAUGCGAAAGUGUGGGAUGAAAAUGGAGCUGGAUACGGCAGAGACCAUUGAAAAUCUUUCUGGGCCGGUAUGUAUCGAGAGCCAAAGUCCUCCUGAGAUGCUGGCCCCUACAGAACCUUAUGACGAAUGUUUCAUCACUAAAGAUGAAGAACAUCCAGACACCAACACUCAUACUGCUGAGGUAACAAAUAAAACACAUAAUGAAGAUGAUUACAUCAAUGUCCACAACACUAUAGAGUCUGCUGAUGUCGUUGAGUAUAAAACCGAUUCGUCUGAUGUCGGUAGUACUCUAGCAGUUGCCAUGGAUACAGAUACACCUCCCUUGCUCAGUGGUAAUUUACCACAGACUGUCGACCAGGUUGUGUCUGCAUCUGACAACAGCGGGCCAGGCCGGGGUUUUGAAGACAGCUGGGACCCAUCCAUAAGCAGCAUUGGAGAGGGGUCUGCUACUCAAAGCCUGCCUGGAAGCCCUGUGCCCCCUGUUCGAUCUCAGGAGGAUUCUGGUCCUGUAGAAUCUAACGUGAUUCCUGGUUCUGAUUCGGUCAACCAACUUUUAAACACAACAGAAACUCAGAAGAGCCAGCUCGGUGAAAAUUCUGAAGCUAGCAGAUAUGGAACUGGGAUUGACACAAGUGAUUCUGCACCAGCUAACCAGCAACCCCCAACCAGAGAGGAGGUUCAAAUCACAGACAAUAUUAACGUUGAUGAGGAACAACAUGAGAAUCCAAUUGUGGAACUUAAAACUGGAUUGUCUGCGGGGAACAUGGAAGAUGUGUGUUUGGACAACAUUGAGACCCAGGCUGAGGAGAUGGGGGAAGGUUGUAAAAAGACGGAGAUAGAUAGGGGGGUGACUGUGGAAAACAUUGAGCAUAACCAAAGUCUUCCAUUGACAGACCUUUCUGUUCUGUCAGGGUCCAAGAAUCAAAUUCCCCCUAAGCAGCACCCAUCUAAAGAACAUGAUCAAGACAGUUUCAACAUUGAUUUGGAUGUAACUAGUCCUUCUGAGGAGGUACCAGAGAGUCCUGAAGAUGAUGUCUGCAGGGAACAGAACACUGUAGAGUCUGCUGAUGUUGUCAUGUGCAAAACUGAUACCUCUGAUUUGUAUUUUACUGUAGCUUCUGCCAUGGAUACAGAUACACUCCACCAACAACCCAAGAUAAAUGAGGAGGUUCACCUUACAGACAAUACUACGUUUGAUGAGGAACCAGAUGAGGAAUCAACUGUGAAACGUACAACUGGGUUGUCUGAGGGAAAUUUGGAGGAACGCGGUUUGGACAACGUUGAGAUCCAAGCUGAGGAGAUGGGAGAGUGUGGGAAGAAGAUUGAGCUGGAUAUGGCGGCGACCAUGAAAAAUCUUUCUGGGCCGGUAUGUAUCAGGAGCCAAAGUCCCCCUGAGACGCUGGCCCCUACAGAACCUUAUGACAAAUGUUUCAUCACUAAAGAUGAAGAACAUCCAGACACCAACACGCAUACUGCUGAGGUAACAGAUAAAAUGCCUAAUGAAGAUGAUUACAUCAAUGGCCACAAAACUGUACAGUCUGCUGAUGUUGUUGAGUAUACAACUGAUUCCUCUGAGGUUAGUAGUGCUGUAGCUCCUGCAAUAGAUAAAGUCAACCAACAACCUCCGGUCAAUGACGAGAUUUACGUCACAGAUAAAAUAGACUUUGAUGAGGAACCAGAUGAAAUACCAAUCAUAACUACAGACACGACCACUCCUCCUAAUAUAGUGACAGAAAGCAGCCAGACUUUUGAAGAUGAAAACCCGGACACCACGGGUUCCGUUGUUGUGGCGACGGUCCCAGUGUCUUUUGGUGUGCGAUACUUCACUCACUCCCCGGGCCAGAACUUGGCUGUCACUGGAGACCAUCAGGACAUGGGUAGUUGGACUGGGUUCAUCCCACUUGAGGAGAAAGAGAAUGGGUAUUGGAGCAGGACGAUGCGCCUGCCUUCCAUGAUGCAGGUUAAGUGGAAGUUUGUGGUGAUGGAUGAGGCAGGGGAGGUCCACCGGUGGGAGGAGUGUGAUAAUAGAUGGUUUGAGACUGGAAGUGAUGCCCACAGCUGCAUACAGUUGCACAAAUGUUGGGGUACGCAGUAGGGCUGAGGAGAGAAAUUGAUCAGUGAUUUGCUCUUCUGCUUGCCUGGCCCCUGGUAUAUUGAACCCAACAUGCCUGAUUAAGCAAUGAAUCCCAAUAUGAAGUCACAAUUCUAUCAAAUUGCCUUCACCUACAUGCCGACCAUGCCACCUAGAAUCGCUUUGAACAAAUUUGCAACAAAGCAGAAAACCAAUCCAAACUUUUUUUGUAAGCAUCAUUGUUAUUUGGCCUAAAUCAACCAAGUGCUAUAAGGAAACACAUGUCCCAAUGUCUGGGAGACCGCUCAAACUCCUUCUAGAAGUGAAUAAUGGAAGAUGGAACACUCAAGUGUUCUGGUCUCCCGACAGUGUGUGUGUGAGGGGCGGGAGGAAUCCAAUUCCUGCCCUGCUAGCACACAUCGGAAACACCACUGUCACGGGUGAGGCACGAGGUUGGGGACUUGAACCCAUAACCCUGGCUGGGGUUAACACCUUUCAAUUUGGACACACCAUUCUACAAAAGGGUGCAUUUAUGCGCAGUAGAGGGCAUUCUGUUCCUCUCUCUGCUCUCAAACAUCAGUUAAUAUAUUACUAAACCAUUUUUUCAGUACAACUUCUCUCCAGGUUUUAUGUCAGUAGAUGAGUUAAAAGCACUUUUAAGUACAAAGUUCCGGUUACAUCUCAGAGCUUUGCUUUGAGUGCAGGGUGCUAAUGCUAACAUGCUAACGUGAUGUGAAGUGAGCUCACUUUGGAAGGUUAGAGGUAAGCCCUAAUAUAGAUCCAGGGCUUACAGAUGACACCACUGUCAGUCACACACACACACACACACACACACACACACACACACACACACACACACACACACACACACACACACACACACACACACACACACUCAGGCCCACAUGCUUCCUGUUCAUCAGGCAUGGAACUCUUAGACACGCUGACUGAUAAUCCCAACAGGGGCUCACGUUGGAUCGCUGUGAAGACACGAGCGCCAAGCAGUGAUUUGACCUCUGGCGUAGCCUUCCAACAGGGAAAGCCACCACACAGUGAUCUAAUUGGACAAUAUAUAGGAUUGUCACUCUAAAUGACCCAAUCAGCUUCUAGCAGGGCAAACUUAAGUCUCAUCAAUAAUUCAUUGUUUUCAUUUUUGCUCACUUGCCUGGCUUGUAUAUCGUGAUGCAUCAUCCAUCUGCUAAUCUCAAAAGUUAGAUGGAUAUAACAAACCACUGGGAGAAGAGAAGACACACACACACACAACCCCAGAAGCGAUCAUUCAUGGAUGUCCCAGUGUUUUAGAAAUGUGUCUAACACGUUGACAUGUUGCCAUGGCUCUCAGCAGGUAGAGUGUAUGUGACGUUUAUGUUAAUGUAUGUGAUCCGAGGUACGGCAGCCAGACCGGCCUGUAGGCAGCCAGACUAUUUAUAAAGCCUGCCUCUCCCCAUUCUUCAUGGUGUGACCUUCACUGUCAGUGCACAGGCCUGUAAGAUGAGAAGCAUGCACAGUUUAAAAUAGAGACCUACAGGAGCCGACAGUGUUAUUUAUGUAUUUUAGAUACUGAUUUUAGAUACAGUAUUAUUUAUAUUGGAUGACUCAGUUCAACUCAGAUUCUCCAGAAUCUGUAAUCGCGUUUAUUUUUGUAUUUGGGCAACAUUGUUUUGUUUGUCAACUGAAUUUGUAAUAAAGGAUAGAUGUAUUCAAUAAUGUAUAUGUAUUAUUUAUAAGAAUGAAUUUGAUGUGUGCGCACUUAUAGCUAUGAGAAACCAAAGAACAGUUGAAGUUAAUGAUUUCCUUAACUAUGUAUGUUUGUAUUUUUAUUCUUUGACAUCAUGACACAGCAGAAUGGCAUUUCAAGUAAGAAUUACAAAAUAGUUGUCGAAAGAUAGAAACAAGGCAAAACGUAAAAAUUCAAAUUAGCAAAAUGCAAUUAAACAUCCUCAAUUUACAAUAUCUCAAACAAUACCAAGAAAAUCAGCCAAAUAUUACUUUGUGGUAAUUCUGAGGAACAUUUGCCACAAACAUUGGAUAUAAACAAGAAAAUAGAAGGUAGAAGACACCGUGAACAAGGAAUAUUGUUUGGGCUCUCAACAUCUUCUUCCACUCAUGGUUGCAUUUUACACACGAACCCUUGGGGCAGAGGUCAGUUCCUAAUCCCGAGCGCUGCAGCCCUUAGAGUCAGCGAUGAUGACGUUCUUCAGGGAUCCAGAGUCAGUCCAACUACGGCUCUUGCCCCCUAGUGUACCAUGGAGGUCCUGGCUAUAGAUUCUCUUCUCCGUAGUUUGGGAGAGUGGGACUAGCUUAGCUUCCCAGUCCCACCAACCAUAUUAACCGAUUGGGAGACAGAGGAGCUAACCGGCUAGCUAACUGGCUCGGUAACCAUCUAGCUAGCGUGUGGGUUUCCCAUACCAGGGAUAAAAAGGAUUGAUUUAAAUAGAUUGAAAAGAGCGACCAUUAAUUGCUUGAGUUACGCCAAGCUCUGACCUCCGCAGGCCAUCUGUAGUAGCCUGGGAACCAGAGCAAACUGCAAGCUCAUGUUUCAUUUGCCCUGGCGUAUAUGCGUCUGCCUCCCUCCCCACUCAGACAUAUUUCCACCAGUCAACGUCCGGGGUCGGUAGAUUAUGGUGCAGCCUUUAUACGAUAACAGUACAGAGGAGUUCCCUAUGUGAGCAUUUUUUAUAAAAACCAAGAUGGCUGCUUCUGGUGUGUGGUUGCUCUGAUUGUCUAUCCAAUUGUGUCCAGAGGGUUUUACGUCUGCCUUGAUAACACCAAUGGA